AUGCACAGAGUUAGCCUCCCCCGGCCCGCCAACACCACCAACACCACAUCGACAGACGCUACUGUUGCGUCGAGGUCACAACCAGAAGAACACCCGGGGGACGUGUCGGUAGUUGAAGACUGCGAAGGUCACCCGGGUGACCAACAGUCGUAUCAACAUUGGAUACGACGAGCGGCAUCGGACUGCAUCGACGGCGGAGUUGCAUAG